AUGGUCAGUCCCGGCACCGCUUUGCUGAGUUACCUUCUCACCGCUGGUGGAAAAGCCCCUGCUGUCAAGCACAAAUUCGUGAUCGACUACUCUCGCCCAGCAACGGACGGCGUCUUCGAUGGCGCUGACUUCGAAAAGUUCUUGCACGAUCGUGUAAAGGUCGAGGGCAAGUCUGGUCAGCUCGGUGAAAAUGUCAAAAUCGUUCGGGAUGGCAACACCAAAAUCACUGUUACCUCCAAUGUCCCUUUCUCAAAACGCUACCUCAAGUAUUUGACAAAGAAAUUCUUGAAGAAAAACACCCUGCGCGACUGGAUCCGGGUGGUCGCGUCAUCCAAGGAUACGUACGAGUUGCGUUUCUACAACAUCGCCCGUGAUGGCGAGGAUGAUGAUGAAGAGUAAUCCCACCACUUCACAUAUUUGUUGUCAACUAUGUAUUAUGGACAUCUCACAUUGUUGUCACGUCUCGUUAUCGAUUUUAGCCUCAUGUGCAUGAGUGAGGAUAAGUGCAAGUGCAUAGGUCUUGACGAUACAUCAUAUUAUUUAGGUCUAGAUCAGAGGCCAAUUGGCUACAUCAUGGCAGUUUAAUCAUCAGCUUCGCACUGUCAUCUCCAGUUUCCAGUUUGAUUUUCCCCAAAGCCGCAGUGGCAAGAUCAUACCAUAAUACAUGAGACUCCGUUAAUGGUCUGCCACGAAGUUGCAGUGCA